AUGCACAGACGCUCGUCUGGCUCCCCUGUCGCGGAGGACUCUGAAGACCCCUUCGCGCGAUUCCCAGACGACCAUGGCUCCAGUACAAUCGACACAAAUGAUAAAUCGCGGUCGCAAAUAGCUCGCCACGGUACAAGUUUCGAUCUUCGUCGGGAUAACGGCACCUCGACUCCGCGCUCGCGGAAUUCGAGUCUUUUACGCACACCAUCGGCCCAGCCUGCCAACUACACAAAAACCAUGCCAUUGGGCUCUCCGCGGCUUCCACUGGAGGCUCCUGCUCCAGAGGGCCGUCGUGCGCGUCAAUCCCGCAAACAAAGUCCCUGGUCCUGCUCCAUUUUAACCGCUUUUACGACACUCGCUGCCGUCGUCUUUCUGAUCUCGAUUGUGCGGUCCUUCGCCACUCGCCAGGUCGGAGGAGAUGGCUGUGGAGUACCGAUGAUGAGUCCGACAUUUAUUCGCAUGUUGGAGUUUGAUACAGAACAUACGCGCUUUGCAAGUAAAUACAAUCUGUUUCUCUACCGGGAGGAGGGUGUGGAUCCAUAUACUCAAGACAAUAUCGGGUUGAAUGGUGUUCCAGUUCUUUUCCUUCCGGGCAAUGCAGGCAGCUACCGACAGGUCCGAUCUUUAGCCGCCGAGGCUUCGAGGCACUACUACGACGUGGUUCGGCACGACGAGGAUCGUCAUGCGGCCGGUACUCGCAGCUUAGACUUUUUCAUGGUGGAUUUCAACGAAGAUAUGGCUGCAUUCCACGGACAGACUUUGUUGGAUCAAGCGGAAUAUGUAAACGAGGCGAUUUCGUAUAUCCUGUCCCUCUAUCACGACCCAAGACGAACACGAAGGGAUCCUGGCCUUCCCGAUCCCAGCGCCGUUAUCUUGGUUGGACACUCCAUGGGUGGCAUUGUGGCCCGUACUUCCCUGACGAUGGCCAACUACCAGGCUAACUCCGUCAAUACGAUCAUAACCAUGUCAGCCCCGCAUGCGAGACCGCCUGUAUCAUUCGACUCAGACAUCGUUCACACCUACAAACAGAUCAACGAUUAUUGGCGUGAGGCUUACGCACAAACAUGGGCCAACAACAACCCGCUCUGGCAUGUGACAUUGAUCUCAAUUGCUGGUGGUGCGCGCGAUACUGUGGUUCCGUCCGACUACACAAGCAUUUCUUCUCUCGUCCCUGAAACACAUGGAUUCACCGUUUUUACAUCUUCUAUCCCCAAUGUGUGGAUUGGAAUGGAUCACCUAUCGAUCACCUGGUGUGACCAGUUCCGGAAAGCCAUAAUCAAGUCCUUGUUUGAAAUUGUCGAUGCCCGACGACCCACGCAAACAAAGCCGAGAGCCGAGCGCAUGCGAGUUCUAAAGCGGUGGUAUUUGACAGGACUGGAGUCGGUUGCUGAGAGAACAUUCUCGCAGAAGGAACCAAACACGCUCCUGACACUGGAAGAUAAUGCAAACACCAUUCUUGCACAAGGCGAACGACUCAUUCUCCGUGAAUUAGGCCAGCAGCACGGUCCCGACGUCCGCCUUCUCCCGAUUCCGCCCCAGGGUGUUUCAGGCAAGAAAUUUACUCUUCUUACAGAUCAAUUUAUCGAUGGCCAGGGUAACAUUGAGGUAUUCUUUUGCAGCGUGUUUCCACUAAACAACGGCCGCUCCACUAUCUUUUCCAUGAACCUGGACUUUUCCGGGGGCACCGUGGGGUCAACCCGACUGGCAUGUAAAAAUGCGGCUGAGGAUGUUAUUCUCCUGCCUGCAUCGACUCCUACAUCGAAGCAACCUUACGACCAUGUCACACCAUUUUCCUACCUUCAGUAUGAUUUGGAGGGACUCGCGGAGCAUCAGUUUGUGGCUGUCGUUGACAAGGCUAAUGUGCCAACACCGGGAUUUUUGGUGGCAGAGUUCUCCGACAGCUCUGAAGCCGUACUUCGCGCCAAGGUGGGACUGGGAAGUCUGCUAGCUGCAGGUCUUAAGAUUCGGCUCACAGCCGAUCGGCCCAUGCUCACUGAGGUAAAGAUCCCAGCCAUGUACUCGAGUCUUCUUGACUACCGCCUCAAAAUCACACGCCACCCCCAAGAGAAAGAGCUUUUUCAACCACUGUUGCGACAGUCUAUCGCCGAUCCACACGAGUCCAAGUAUUUUGUGAAUGUCAACAAGGUCAAUGUAAACCUUCAUGGCGUGGCGCCCUUUAUGCCGCCGCCUCUUCGCGACCAGGCUGCCAAGGGUGGUAUAUCAUUUCACCUAUGGACCGAUCCAAGCUCUGGGUCAACAGUGGACAUUUCGUUGCAAGUGGAUAUCAUUGGCAGUCUAGGGGAACUGGUGAUGCGCUACCGUACUGUCUUCGCGGCUUUCCCACUGCUUGUCGUUGCACUCGUACUCCGAAAGCAGUUUCAGGUGUACGACGAGACUGGCUAUUUCAUCCCGUUCAUGGACGGCCUCGAUCGAGCCUCGCGAUCCUCCCUUCCUCUCUUACUUGUGGCGUUGUCACUUCUAGCGUCCUCCCUCGCCACCACCCAGGCUUUUCCCGAGUCCGAUGAUCCAUUUCAUUGGCGGUCUAACUCUACAGAAAGCCCGUCUGACUUCACUAAGAAUGAUCUUCUUCUGGGAUCACCAGAUGCAUUCUUCUGGUUCCUUGUCCCUAUUUUUGGACUUAUCAGCAUUGGUGUUUGUGUCUUGGUUAAUUAUGUUGCCCUCCUUCUGGUAACCAUCCUAUCUUGGAUAUAUGGAGUGAUGAACAGCAAGUCAGGUUAUAUCCGACGUGAAGACCGAGGAAAUCUUCCCAUUUUCAGCUCCCCCACACCCCGAAGACGUGUGAUCCACACUGCUAUCCUACUAAUUCUCGUCUCAACAAUCAUCCCUUAUCAGUUUGCAUAUAUGGUUGCUUGCAUAGUGAUGCUGGCAACGUGUGUUCGCGCCCAGUGGCAUGCCAAUGAAACAAGAGCCUCACCCCACCUCAAUUUCAGCAACUACGCCCACUCCAUCUUGAUUCUCAUGCUGUGGAUUCUGCCUAUCAAUGUCCUUGUGCUUUUGGUCUGGGCUCACAACCUUGUGGUGCACUGGUUCAUGCCCUUCUCCUCCAACCAUAAUGUAUUAUCCAUCAUGCCAUUCCUCCUUCUUGUUGAGACCAUGACCAGCGGUGCAAUGAUACCACGCAUAACCACUCGAUUCAAACACGUAACUUCCAUAAUCCUCUUUGUGAUCGCAAUCUACUCAGCAGUGUACGGAGUCACCUAUGCAUAUGUUCUCCACCACCUAGCAAACCUCCUAUCGGCCUGGUUUGUCGGCAUUUAUCUAGUUGGCAACAACUUCUCCCCCCGACGCCUAUGGCACAUUAUCGAUGGCGAUGAGAUUCCGUCAGAAUCAGGAUCUCACCAUGUCAAGAAACAGCCAUGA